AAUAUUUAAACAAUAAUAAAAUUUGAGAUGAGAAAAUGGGGCUCUUGGAGACUCAUCCUCAAACUUUUUAAAAAUCUGGUUGCGAUGGCUACUUGGCAGGUUUUUCUGAUGGGAAUAUGCAUGCCCUUCUACAUUGUCCAUUCAAAGAACAAGGACUUCAAUAUCUGGGAUGUAGUUGCUGCACUGAUAUGCUUGGCUGGCAUUGUCAUUGCUUAUUUUGCUGACACACAGCUUCACACUUUCGUUAGUAGAAAUAAUGAAUUGAAAAAGCUUGGCCAGCCGAUGGUGCCCUGUCUUGACAAAGGCCUAUGGCGAUACUCGAGACAUCCAAACUACUUUGGGGAGCAGUUAUGGUGGUGGGGACUGUUUAUUUUUGCAUGGAAUUUGGGCUCUAGCUGGAGUUUUAUUGGUGCCCUUAUAAAUAGUAUGUGCUUAGCCUAUGUGACUGGUCUUGUGGAGAAGAGAAUGCUGGAAAAAGAUUACAGGGCUGACGCAUAUAGACAGUACCAGAAGACGACAUCAGUGUGGAUACCUUGGUUCAAGACAACAUACUCGGAAGGGAAAGCUAAGAAAAUAUGAUAAAGCAUUUUAGCUCGCUUGGAUAGACGCGGGUGGGAUAAUAGGCUGGCCUCCUGCUGAAGAAAAUACACUCCCGAUUAGCUUUGACCAGGCGGAGUAGGUUUCUUUAUAUAGAUGUGCUUUGUGAUUGAUCGAUUUCUCUCUUUGAAGGAGCGUAUAUACUUGCAUUGCAUAGUUGUUCUGGGAAUGUUCAUGUGUUGUGCUGUUAAUCUUGAAUCAAAGAAGGGUUGUUGAAAUACUUUUGCUAGAGA